AGCUGGGACUGGAAGGAUGUAUGAAAGUUCGGAUCCAACUUCAGCUCCAAGCCCAGAGCACCCUAGCUGCAACCCGGCCAUGCCAUGCAUGGCUUUGCUGACACAAUGGACGACAAGAUAACUCGCAGCACCGAAGGACGCGGGUUAUGGGACGGUUCGCUCUUGACCACCAAAUGCAACCAACCAAAGCCGAUCUCCCGCGCACAACCUGCGAUCCGUGCAAGAAGAAAACAGCUGAUCGGCAAUGCGACAUGGCGGUCUCGCGGCUGCGGAUCCCAGACGUUCAUGCUGUCCCCGUCACUGUCUCAUCAUCGAGGAUGAGAAAGAUGCAGCCCCACAAGCAUUCCAUCUCAGGCUGGCCAUUCCCUGGUUUGCGUGGAGCCACGCAUGCCGCAGGCAAGAAACGAAAAAGCGGGCCCCCUCGUAUUGCUCCAUGGACGUCCAGGUAUAUCGCAUACCUGGGAACUCCUCAAUGCGAUAACGCGCCUUACCGCCAGAGCGGCUCGCAAUGGACAAUGGAUCUUGGCGCGAUCGCCGCCGGGCUCGCUGGAAAGGCCUAUACCAUUAGCGCAGAUCGCGGCCGACGUGUGACUCGACAAUUGCAGGCGCUGAGCCUGCGCCUACUCGACCGGGUCCGGUAACCUGGAAAUGCAGAACGGAGGUUGCGACACAGAGAGGGGCGGCCCACCUUGGCAAAACCCAUACUAGCCCACCAUGUCCCAGCCGCACCACUUGGCAGGGACAAGGGCGGU